CGCAAGGGGAGCACCCGCGUGACAGAGGAGAUGCUCGUCGCGGGGACUCCCGUCGCAGAGAAGCUCAAGGAGACUAAGCUCUGGAAGUGGGGGAGGGGGAAGAAGGCUGUAAAGGGUCCUGUUGGUGAUAAGCAUCGUGUGAAUAUUGUUAGCGAGAAGCUAUGCGAUGAUAUUGCUAAUUACAUCGGCCCCUCUCUCGAUCGACACCGCGGCUGCGAUCUCAUCGAUAUAAACCCCGGCGCCGGCCUCUGGAGUCGAACCCUCCACGAUCUUGUUCAACCCCGCAAGCACAUCCUCAUGGAACCCGACGUCAAUAUCUAUGGACCCAUGCUCUCCGACCUCAUCGAGAGACCCGGCGUGCAGCUUCUCCCAAAAGCCGGCAUCCUCUGGCGAGAAGUCAACGACAUGCUCGCAACAUGUAUAUCCCCAGAGAAAAAGGCCGACCCCAACGCAGAACCGCAGCGAAACGACACUCUUCUUGUAAAUAUCAACAUGUCAUUCGCACCUCCAAAGAAGUUUCAAAUGUUUGAGUGCGUCAGCACAAUGGUUCUAUACCAACUCAUGGCAUCUAUAAGGACAGCCUCGCUAUUCCAACAAUACGGUCUAGUCCGGAUGCUAAUCUGGGUCAACGACGAUUCGAAGCGCAGACUCUUGCCGCACUCUGCCACGCGGCGCAAGAAGAGCAACUUUGAGGCUGAGCUCUCGUGUGAGUGGAUCCGCGAGAUCGCAGGCAAGGACAUAGAGUUCGAGUCCAAUGAGCUCCGUGACGAGUGGAUCAACCUCGAGUCUGGGUAUAAUACUCUUGCCAGGAUGAAAAAGGCCGGGUUGACUAUGCCCUCGGAUAGGGAGACUUUUCUCUACAAGAUGGUGACGGCUGAUGAGAGCCUCAUGGGUCAGAAGCUCGCUGGAGAGAGAAGACCCGUUCUCAGCAGACCCUUCCGCACUGAGCUCGAAGAUCUAGAAUGCGAACUCGCCUCGUCCAACAUGAUAGAACCUUCAAAACGUCUUAAAGCCCUCCGAUACCGAGACAAAUACGACAUUGAAGAUUCAACUAUAUACCACGACCUCAUCCAGCAAGGCGAGGCAGCAUGCCAAAUCUACAAGACGGACCCCGUCGCAUUCGCCGCCGCCGACGCAGCAUGGAGCGCCAAGAUUGAGCGCCUAAAGAAGAACAGCCGCAAGGAGUACGCCAUUAUCCGAGACAACUAUCAACUCUUCCGACAGGAUCCCCCAAUGCUCCAUUGGGACCAACGUCUCUAUGAGCCCCUCAACGUUCGCCCCGACGAAUUCUACCCUCAAGUCCCCUGUGCGCUGCUCGACCUCCAACCAAAGACGAUGCAUAAGUACCUCCGACAGCACGGCCCCACAGCCCGCGCAGGAAGUCUAGCAGACGUAAUCCUGCGAUUCUGGUUCGGCUACUCCCUAUACCCAGUAUCCAAGGCCAUGGACAGCCUGUGGCCUGGCUUCGGCCACAUGUACCCCCAGAUAAAAACCGUACGGGAUCCAGCCAAGGGCGGUUCCCCUCUGACAGGCCACGGAGAGUUGCCGGCUCGAUGCGUCAACGAGGAGCAGUGGACAGAGAUUGUCGAGGCCUUUUUGAACUGGCCUUUUGUGCCCGAGUACCAAGAGUUGGUGGGACGCAUGAUGGACGAGGGUGAGGGUGAGGAUGAGGAUGAUGCCAAGAGUGGAGCAAACGGAGCUGGAGGAGUUGGAGGGUCCAUGAAUCUGUAGGAUCCUCAAUGUAUAUGUACAGUAUAGAAUGCGCCAUGACUGGACGAGUUCACGGCAUUGCAACGGCGUUGUCAUGGAUAUAUCACAUGUAGAAUAGAAUAUAACGAAUACUGCUCGACAGCAAUAUUCUGGUUAAUACUGUACAACUCCUUUUCACAUC